AUGACGGCUCUCCAGCUCCAGUCCCAAACCACCUCGAAACCCAACGAGUUCUGCAUCACCGCCGACCUCCUCAUUCCCGGCCGCGGCAAACCCAUCCACAACGCCUGCAUCAUCGUCAAAGAUACCAAGAUCACCCACGUCGGCCCUGCUGACGAUGUACUCGCUCACUAUUCUGAAUUGCCCAAGACGCAUGUCAAGGUUUUGAUGCCCGGAAUGUGGGACUGUCAUGUUCAUUUGGUCGGGAUUCAUAAGAUUGCUAGUGAUGCGUUCGUGCAAGCUCAUCAAAGUCCGGUGUUGAGCGGUGCGAGGACGGCGAGGGAUUGUAUGUUGUUGUUGAAUGCGGGGUUUACGUCGGUCAGAGAGAUGGCCGGCUACGGGAUCCAGCUCGCAGAAGCUAUCGAUGAAGGCUCGCUCGUGGGACCAUCGAUCUACUCUUCAAACUGCAUCAUCAGUCCAACGGGAGGCCACGCCGACAUCCACACUUUGCACAGGCCUUGGUUCGACGAUGCUUGUGCUCACGGCAUGCCCAUGGCCUUAGCCGACGGCGUACCAGAAUGUCUCAAAGUCGUUCGUUCGCAACUUCGCGCAGGUGCCAAAGUCAUCAAAAUCUGCGGCUCCGGCGGCGUCGGCAGCGAACUAGACAACCCCAUCGACCAGCAAUUCAGCGACGAGGAAAUGAAGGUCAUGGUCGAAGAAGCCGCGCGAGCCAGACGAGUAAUCGGCGCUCACUGCCACGGCAAACCAGGCAUCAUGGCCGCGCUCCACGCAGGCGUCAAGACGAUCGAGCACGGCUCGUACAUCGACGAAGAAGCCGCAGAUCUAAUGGUUGAAAAAGGAGCCAUCCUCGUCGCGACCCGCACAAUCAUCGAAAUCGGCCUCAAACUCGGCAAAGGCAUCCUCAACCCACGAGGCUGGGAGAAGAUGCAAACGACCGCCAAAGCGCACUGGGAAGCGCUCCAGAUCGCCAUCAAGAAAGGCGUAACCUUAGCAACAGGCUGCGAUAUCCCCGGCUCGAUCCCGGGAAGCAGCAUCUUCACGUACGGCGUCAACGGUCAAGAGCUGCACUGGCUCGAGAAAGCCGGUCUGUCGCCUUUGAAGGCCAUUGAGGCGGCUACGGCGAAUGGGCCUUUGACGUUGGGGCCGCAGGCUCCGAAGACGGGGCAGUUGAAGGAGGGGUUUGAUGCGGAUUUUAUCGCGGUUGAUGAGAAUCCGUUGGAGGAUUUGAAAAUUUUGGCGGAUGCGGAGCAUGUGACGCAUGUGUGGAAGUUGGGGACGUUGUAUAAGAGUCCUCGCAGGCCGAUUUCUUCUCUUUGA